CCGGAGCUCACUGGCCUGCAUCGUCGGCUGCAGCUGAAACGCACCGAGUGCAGCGGACAUCAACUGGAUCAGCUCAGGAAAAAGUCGCGCCUCAUUGCUGCGAGCAAAUGCAGACAAGUCAAGUUCUUCGAACGACGAGGUCAUGACGGCAAGAAGUCGAAAAGUGAUUGCAAAGAGGAAGCAGUAGAAGAGGAGGACGACGAGAUGGAGUCGUUGGACGAGGACGUGGAGGCGGCUCCUCCGCCUCCGGCCUAUGCCCAAUACCGGCCUCCGCAGCUUGAAGGCAGCACUUUAGCACCAAUACCUUUCGACAAGAGAGUGAAGAGACACAGCAUUCACGGCAUGAUGGAGGAGGAAAAUGUGGUGCGACCUCAUCAAGAAAUAGCCCAGUUGUCGCUGGAUGAAAAGAAAUUCCUGCUGGCUGUGGAAAGGGGUGACGUCGCCUCCACCAGGCGAAUGCUUCAAAAGGCGACGGACACGGGGUACAUCAACGUGAACUGCGUCGACCCUUUGGGCAGGUCGGCCCUUCUGAUGGCGAUCGACAACGAGAACCUGGAGAUGGUCGAGUUGCUGCUCGACCAAAAGUGCGACACCAAAGAUGCCCUUCUACACGCCAUUUCGGAAGAGUUCGUCGAGGCUGUGGAGGUUUUGCUGGACCACGAGGCCACCAGACACACCCCAGGAGAGCCCCACGACGUCUGUAAGCAGCCCCAACACCAUCAGAGUUGGGAAGCGCUGCCCCCUGACACUGCCACUUUCACCCCUGACAUCACUCCGUUGAUCCUCGCAGCCCACAGGGACAACUACGAGAUCAUCAAAAUCCUUCUGGACAGGGGCGCCACUUUGCCUAUGCCCCACGACGUGAGGUGCGGGUGCGACGAGUGCGUCACUUCUCGCCAGGAAGACUCGCUGCGCCACUCUCGCUCAAGAAUCAACGCCUACCGCGCCCUGGCCAGUCCGUCCCUGAUCGCCCUCUCCAGCAAAGACCCCAUUCUCACGGCCUUUGAGCUCUCGUGGGAGCUCCGAAGACUCAGCUUCCUGGAGCACGAGUUCAAGUGCGAGUACCAGGAGCUGCGAAAACAGUGCCAAGAUUUUGCGACUGCCCUCCUAGACCACACCAGAUCAUCUUACGAGCUAGAAGUUUUAUUAAAUCACGACCCAACAGGACCAGCAUUCGAGCAUGGCGAGCGAAUGCACCUCAAUAGGCUUAAGCUAGCAGUCAAGUUGAGACAGAAAAAGUUUGUAGCGCAUCCGAACGUGCAGCAACUGCUGGCGUCCAUUUGGUACGAGGGUCUUCCGGGCUUCCGGCGCAAAAAUAUGGUUCUGCAGGCGCUGGAAAUCGUGCGGAUCGGCAUCCUCUUCCCAUUCUUCUCGGUCGCUUACAUCGUCGCGCCGCACUCGUCCGUCGGACAGACCAUGCGGAAGCCCUUCAUCAAGUUCAUCUGCCAUUCCGCCUCCUACUUCACCUUCCUUUUCCUGCUGAUUCUUGCGUCCCAGAGGAUGGAGAAUGUGAUCGGCGAAAUUUUCAACGGCGACAGUAGUGAGGAAAUCUUCAACAAGUCAGCGGACAAGUCCACGGACGACUCCUCGGAUGACUCCAAAGACGAGCCCAACAAAAGGGGCGACGCGCCCUCCUUUGUUGAGUGGGUCAUCCUCGCCUGGGUUUGCGGUCUGAUCUGGAGCGAAAUUAAACAACUGUGGGACGUGGGCUUUCAAGAAUACGCACGCGACAUGUGGAACGUCAUCGACUUUGUCACCAAUUCCCUGUACGUCGCCACUGUGGCUCUCCGCCUUGUUUCCUACUACCAGGUGCAAAGGGAAAAAGCCAAUGGCUUCUACGUCCACAGCAAACGCGAGGAGUGGGACGCGUGGGACCCCAUGCUCAUAGCCGAGGGCCUUUUUUCAGCUGCUAACAUUUUCAGUUCUUUGAAACUUGUGUACAUAUUCUCUGUGAAUCCGUACCUGGGACCGCUGCAAGUGUCCCUCAGCAGGAUGGUGAUGGACAUUAUGAAGUUCUUCUUCUUGUACGUCCUGGUGCUCUUUGCCUUUUCCUGUGGUCUCAAUCAACUUCUGUGGUACUACGCCGACAUGGAGCGACAGCGGUGCCCCAAUCUCGCCCAAGGCUCCGAACUGGGCAACACCACCACCUCUACCGACACUGACGCUUGCAUCGUCUGGAGACGAUUUGCAAACCUGUUCGAGACGACGCAGACACUGUUCUGGGCCGUGUUUGGCCUGGUCGACUUGAACAACUUCGAGUUGGCCGGCAUCAAGAGCUUCACCCGCUUCUGGGGCAUGCUGAUGUUCGGCACGUACUCGGUGAUCAACAUCGUGGUGCUGCUGAACCUGCUGAUCGCCAUGAUGAACCACUCGUACCAACUCAUCUCGGUAAAGAGCCAGAGCAGCGCCUCAUCAACUUUCCUAACAAAACACGAGCUGCGGUUUAGGCAACCUGCAAAGGAACGAGCGGACACGGAAUGGAAAUUCGCUCGCAGCAAACUGUGGAUCAGCUACUUUGAAGAGGGUGGCACCGUUCCGCCUCCGUUCAACAUAAUUCCGACUCCGAAAAGUGUUUGGUACUUUGUCACGUGGGUUCAUCGCAGGGUGUGCGGCCACUCCAGGGCGGCCAAAAAGGAACACAUGCGGACAAUCAGGAGGAAGGUGAAGCAAGCGAGUGCGAGGGAUUUCCGCUACCAGCAAUGCUGCGGGAAUUGCUUGCCCGAUUCCCCGCCACCCCGGCGGCGCCACGACAAAGGUUGCCCCGCGUUGGACGUGGAGGCGACCACCCGGAGCAGCUUAAUUAGCAUGGAGCGUCGAAUCGGGGAGCUCAGAAAGCAGAGCAUCAUGCGGAACCUGGUGAGGCGCUAUGUGACCGUGGAGCAGCGCAAGGCUGAGAGUCAAGGGGUGACGGAGGACGACGUUAAUGAGAUCAAGCAAGAUAUCUCGGCAUUCCGCUGCGAGCUCAUCGAGAUUUUGAAGAAUUCGGGCAUGAACACUGCCACGGCCAGUGGCGUCGGUGGAGGAGCUGGCGGAAAGAAAAAUCGUCAGAAGGAGCGGAGAUUGAUGAAAGGCUUCAACAUCGCACCACCGCCUACUUCGGCUUCGUCGCCCAAAAGCGGGCAGGCGACUGGCAUGUCUGCAGCAAGUGCCGAUUUAAUUGCCACACUGCAGGAGGUGGUCGGGAUGGAUAAAAAGUCGACACCGCGCAUGGGACGAUUGGCUCGGUUAACGGGCUCGACGCCCAAGAGGGAGAGUUCGAAGCGGCGGUGGGGCACCCUGAUCGAGGCGGCCAAGACGGGCAGGGUGCGUAGACUGAUGGGCAGGAGUCGCUCGCAGGACUCGAUGUGCAGCGGCGGUCCCGAGGGCAGCAGCACCAGGAGCAGGAGGGGCGGCGUGGCCGAGAGGGGCGACAGCAGGGAUGAGGAGGACGACGACGAUGAUGAGGACCUUGAGGACGAAAUGGGUAGUUCGUGCUCUGGAAGUGGGAGGGACGACGACCCCCCUCGUGCCGGUCACAAGAGUCCGCGACACCACGGCAGUCUGAGCGCCCUGAGCGCCGCCUGGGGCGGGGGACUUCGCUUAGUCCGCAGUCUUCGCAAGAGGGAGCUCUCCGUCACUAGCCGCGGCGGCGGCGGCGGGGGCGGCUUUUUCCAGCCUCCGCUCCGUCUGCGUCUCUUGCACCACCACCACGGCUCUUCGUCCACCGAGAGCGCCCCCGGAGGCAGCGUUGGUAGCAGUGUCAUCAGCAGACCUGCAAAGAAAAGGGAGAAGCGACUUUUGCGGGCAUCCAGUGUGCCUUCGCGUCCUGACGAGCCAACGACGCCCGUCGCCACCACCCACAGAGAUUCAGGAGAAGGCACCACCUUGGCCCCCAUUUCGCCCCCCACAAAUGUUCCCUUUGAGCUGGUGCCGCCUCCGCCUUUCCCGCCGCCUCCCUUUCCACCGCCGCCUUUCCCCACCGAGCCCCCAGUGUCCCCUUCAGCCUCGCAUCAGGGUGCGCAGCAGAUGCUCAAAAAUCGCAACGGCACCGUUGUACUGCCCAACCUACCAGGCAUUCAGCCCAUUGGAGGUCAUCAGAUGUCUGCUGGUUGGCUCUGAUCCAUAAGAUGUUCCACCUUUGGUGUUUUGUGUUGAUCAUGAAAUUUCCGCAGUCUGUGUUGAGUAGAUUCAGCUGGAGAGGAUUUUGUUGCAACCCAUUUGUUUGGAUUCGCAUCGUUGGAGGAGAGAUGAAGAGGCGCAAACAGGGAUUUUUAUAUAUAAAAGAGGCCGCACUCACACACUUGGGCACUUUUGCAAUCUCAUUGAAUACGUCCAUUACACGGUUUUCGAGCAAGGAGUGUGUUUUUUUUGCACGCGAUUAAUUAAAAUAUCGAGCGCCGGUUUGUUGUUGAGGAAUGCGAGAGUUAUAUUUGAAAAAUGGCCUAUGAGAAAUAUUUGAAUAUUGAGAAAAAGAGAGAAAACGUGUUCAGUAUUGAGCGACGGCGACAGACAAACACACGCGCACUUGUGAAUUUUGCUGAUAACAAACUCACACACACAUAAACACACAAUACUAUUUUUACAUCAAGAAUGAAAACUAGAACUCUGUAUAAAAUAAUAUGCAUUAGGGACCAUUCCUCUUGUAAAUUAUGGAAAAUCACACUUUCAGAGGCCAAAGAGUUCAUGGAGAUCUAGGGGGAAUGAGUACGACUUGUAUUAGAACAAUUUUUCAAAUUGAAAAUGAAAAUCACAAGUAAAAAAAUGUGUUAACUAAAAACAUGACAAGCAAUUGAGAAUUUGAGAUUAAGAUGUUCGGUAAUUAUCUUAACACGCGCAGGUUAUAAUAAAAAAGUGUUUUUACAAGGUCUUAAUGAAUAUUGUAUAUUAUUAUUGGUAAUUAUUCUACGAUUAUAUGAAAAGUUAUACUCGGAAUUAACAGCAUAUUUAUCAUUGUUGAAGCACAAAUGGAAA